GGGCUGUGGCAGCUCACGGCGCGUGCCGUCUGAGGCAGGAGCCGCCAGGGAACCGGCCGGCCGACCGGCUGGCCAGUUGGAAACUGGCUGGGUCUGAGGUGGGAGGUAAGAGAGCGGCUCUGGUGACGCUUAGGACUCUGAUUGCCACGAGAGAGCCCACGUGUGGGGAGGAGAGACGACACGGCGCGGCACGUGCCAGCCGUACGGCACGGCACGGACUUACUACACGGAGUGACCGCAUUUCACGGGACGGACCAGCUACACGGCACGGGCCAGCCACACAGGAGUCACAGAAGCGCGUCCCUGGUCGACAAAAUCCGUCCAAUCAGACGGCGAAUUCGGUGCGGCAGUGACGUUUGUGGCGCUGUUGCGACGGGCACGGCGCAGCUGGAGCACCGCGGAGGUGGCCUCAGGUCGACAUUAGCUCCGUAUCGCCUCCGGCAGUAGAAGAUUCCGCUGAGACGUUCUCAGAGUAACCCAUCUAUGUCAACAAAAUGAAUCACCGCAGGGCGCGACUAGCCGAAUUCUCCACAAAACCAUCCAUCUGGUGACAUAUUGUGACGUCACUGUCAAGUCGCGUCGGCUGACGUGAGACAGCGCCAGCGGGCGUCACGAGUCAUUUUCGGCGCGGUGUCGCCAGGCGGUAGCGCGGAGGCGUUGAAGUUGAUCGGGCACCUGUGACCCGUCAGCUGACGAGCCCUCCGACGGCGCCGGGCCGAGGCGGAUAAGAGGUCAUAAAAGGUCACCGCUUACCCAGUGACCCCAGUGACUUCAGUGACCUCAGUCAUCUGCCGCAGCAACAGUGAUUGGCAAGCCUGUGCAGUGACCUAGCAGAGGUCAGGUUGAACGAUCAGAUACUGACGAGGCUGAAUGUGUAAGAGCCGGUGAGGAUCACCAGAAGAGGGACGGUUCAACACCUACUCCUUCACGAGGACGCAGUGAAGACCGCAGCGCUCCAGUAUCAGUGGUGUGUCAGUGCGGUCUGUCGAGUGUCAGCUGACACGGAGAGAUGGCGCUACUGGCGGUGGUGACCCUGCUGGCAGCGGCAGUGACCUCAGCACGGGCCAACGAGAGCGAUCAGUACACAGGUGCUGUGGUGCUCACCUCGGCGGUGGUGGGCGGCAGAGCGAACCUGCCCUGCAGUCUGACCUCGGAGAAGCCUGGCGACCGACCUGACCUCGUCCUCUGGUAUAGGGACAACGCCGGCGCGCCCAUUCAUAGUUUUGACGCGCGUCAAGGUUCACUGAGUGACGGCGUCCAAUGGAAGGACAACUUUAUUCUGGCCAACCGGAACGCCGAGUUUCUGGUGAACACGUCUCCACCGGUGCUGGCCAUCGAUGACGUCAGAGAGGCCGACGCUGGGGAGUACCGAUGUCGGGUGGACUUCAAACUGACGCCCACCAAGUAUCACCGCGUCAACCUCACCGUUAUCGUGCCUCCGACUCGACCUGUGAUUCGCCUGCCCACCGGAGACCGGGUGGGAGACAUCCUCGGGCCUCUCACCGAGGGGGACAAGGUCCAGCUGAGCUGCGAAACACGCGGAGGUCGUCCGGCGCCGUCCCUCUCGUGGUGGCGCGGACCGACGCUGCUGAGCAAUGCGCACGUGGUGACAUCUAGCGGCGUGCUGCGCAGUGUGCUCCACCUGCCUGCCAUCUCUCGGUCGGACGUCGAUCAGACCCUGACCUGCCACGCCACCAACAACAACAUCAGCAAGCCGCUCUCCAGCAGCGUCCUACUCAAAACUUACUUUCCUCCGCUUUACGUGCGCCUGGUAGGAAGAAACCGGGCGUUCUCUUUGGGCCGCGUGCACCACGUGACCUGUAAGACGGCCGGCUCCCGUCCUCAGCCGCAGAUCACGUGGUGGAUUCAUGAUGUCCAGCUGCAGGACUACACAAUCCAGACGUCUCUGGACGGUAACGAGACGACGAGCGUGCUGUCACUGAACGCCAGCCGCGAGCACAACGGCAAACACCUGACGUGUCGCGUCACCAACCCCGAGAUGGACUCCACAGUCAUGGAAGACGCCUGGAGAAUCACCGUCAAAUAUCCCCCAGAGGUCAGUCUGACUGUUGGAAAGCCGAUCAACCCUGCCGACCUCAGGGAAGGAGAUGACGUCUACAUGGAGUGCCGGGUCAGAGCCAACCCGACCAUUUUCCAAAUCGAGUGGCUUCAUGACGGCCACGUUCUUCAGCCAAACCAACGGGAGGGCAUCGUCAUGAGCAACAUGUCUCUGGUGCUGCAGCGUCUGACCCGACACAGGUCGGGUCACUACGUGUGCCGCGUGGCCAACAGUGAGGGCGAGAACGUCAGUAACCCCGUCCAGCUCAGCAUACAGCACGCUCCUGCCUGCCUGACCAACCAGAGGCGCCAGUACCACGUGGCCAAGUACGAGCAGGUCACUGUACCCUGUCAGGUGGACGCGAACCCUGCCAGCGUCAAAUUCCAGUGGAAGCUCAACAACUCGGCCGAGUUUGUUCAGAUCGCCUCAGAUAGGAUCCACACGAGCGGGACGGUGAGUGAGCUGACCAUGACGCCGUCUGGUGACGAGGACUUCGGCACGCUCAUCUGCACCAGCUACAACGACAUCGGGCAGCAGCUGGAGCCCUGCCUCUUCGACAUCAUACCCAUCGCGAACCCGGUCGGUCCGCCGGAGCCGCCCUCGGACUGCGCCAUCCGAAACCGCACCCAGGCAUCGCUGCACAUCGGCUGCACGGCCGGCGCGGCCGGCGGCUACCCGCAGACCUUCCACCUGGAGGCGUACCAGGCGCGCACACACGUGCUGCUCUCCAACCUGAGCAGCGAACAGGCCGAGUUUGUGCUGGGCAGCCUCGGGCCCGGCGAGGAGGUGGUGGUGCAUGUGUACGCGGUGUCGGAGCGCGGCAAGAGCGGGCUCGUCACACUCGAGGCGGACACGCUCAGCGCGGACAUGGCCGAGCUGAAACCACGCCAAGAGGACGAGUCGAGCGGUCUUCAGUUCACACCGCUGGUCGGUAUCCUGCUGGGAGCCAUCAUCGCGCUACUGCUGAUCGCCGUGGCCGUGGUGCUCACCCUGCGCCGGGUGCGGGCCCGCGAGCUGCGCGCCGCCAGACGCGACACGGAGGAGAGUCGAGAGAAGAUGCUCAGCAUGCACACCCUGGACAGUGACCGGGUGGGCGACAAGAGCCCCGAUGUCGUGCCCUGCACCAGCACGCUGCUCGACAAAAGAAAGGGUGGCGGUUCUCACUAUGAAUCGAGGCGCUCCAAGCCUCCGGGAUACGCGGGAAUGCCCAGCAUAUCGGAGACGAUCUCUAUCGCUCCCAACAGCAGUCUGCCGCGGAGAAUGACCCCGCUGGAGUACCUCGACCCCCGAUUAUGCCAUACGGAUUUGCACACGUUCCCGAAGCCCCCCAGCCCAGACCCGUACACCAAUCAUCGCCUCGUCUCCGAGAUUCCCGGCUUUCCCAAGGCGCCCACCCUUUCGCCCGACUUCUAUGACUCGAUGGAGGCAUCUGAGUCGGACACCAAAGAGCUGGACACCUCGUGGCAGGAGAGUGUGGUGUGACGCGCGCUCGGGAGCGGCGCCGGCGCGGCCUCAGUCGCGUACCCCGCUGACGUUGGACUGCCCGAGAACGCUGACUGCUGAGCGAUGGACUCUCGAGGCAGGGGUCUAGUGCCAAUUGCUGGGAGAAGGGCGGCGGCGCGUGCGGUGCCGGCAGUGAUGUGUCGGGAACGGACAGAGGGACAGCGGUCCAGACAGGGACGGUGAUCCAAACAAGGGCAGUGCUCCAAACAGGAACGGUGUGCGGUGGACGGCCGGGGGCCUCAAGAAAUACAGCUGGAGACGACAAGCCAGGCUGAUGGGUGCGGGAGCCAUCUGGAAGGACACCAAUGGCCGGUGAACGAACGGGAACUUCAUGAAACUCUGCCUGAUUUACCAGGUUCCCGUAUCGGAACGGCCCGACAACCUACUAGAGGAUGGUUCAGCCGUCACCUGACACCCAGGACUCCCUCCUCUGAGGACCUCUGGUGGCUGAUCCGACGUUACUCGUCCUCCCCGGAGGACACGCGGUGCCUGUCGUCCUCCCAGAGGACUGGGUCCGUCCUCGCGAGGACCGUGGCGAGGACUGAGUGGCGGGGCGGUGCCCCGGGCGAUACUGGCUGUGCACGGUGGGGCGAGAGGACGACCCGGGGAGCGAAAACUCGCGCUCGGUCGGCUGUGGGGCCGGGGGUAUGGUGCUCAGGUCUUUGUUGGUUGGUUCAAUGUGUCAUUGUUGCCGGACGAAUGCCGAUUCAAGCGGGCCGUGAAAUGUGAUAGUGUUUUCUCAGUAUACGCCCUGUCAAUGUUUUCUAAACUGGGAGGAAGCCUGCGAGGGUUGAUUUAGAUCGGUGCGUUUUUUGUCUUUGUUGCUUGGUGAGCCAUUGGAUAUUGUUAAUAAUCUCCACAUUAACAUCAUGCUUGGAUGUAUGUUGUAGCUGUUGCCGUGUAGGAUUAUUAUUCCUCCCGGCAAUGUAUGAAGUUCUGCGUACACUGCGGCAGGUUGUAUCACUGUGUUCUGUCACAAAUAUACAAAUAUUGGAUAGAGGCCCACUUACAUCCUGUUACUGUGUAUGUGUUUGGAGGCUGAUUGACAAACAUGUCUUUUGUGUGAGUUAAGAUGAUGAUAUGACUGUUUGACACGUUGAUUGUAUGUUUAUAAACUGUUCCUGCCAAGCGCUACUCACAAUACAAGCUGAUUUAUGGUAACUAA